GCGCGCGGACGGGCGGACGAGCGGGAGAGGGCGCAGCGCGGCCGGCGGGCCCUGCGCAGUGGCGGUGGCAUGGGCGCGGGCAUCGGCGCGGGCUGCGGGAGCCCGGCUUUCUGGCCGGCCCGGCCGGCUGGCGGUCACCGCGCGUCGCAGCUUCUGCUGUCCACGGGGAGGCGGUCCCCGCAGCCGGCUCAACUUGCCUCGGCGCCUCUGUGAGGAGCGCAGCACGGAGAGAGCUCGCGGGGCGCGAUGCCUCCGGCCGGCGGCCCCCGCACACCGCGCCCGCACGCGCUGCCCCACAGCCUGUCCCGUUUGCGCGAGUGCCCGGGCCGUUCCCGCAUCGUGCUGGCUCUCGGGGCCACGCAGAUGGCGCUCGGAUGCCUCAUCGUGGCCGUGAGCUUCGCGGCGCUCGCGCUCACCACCUCGGCCCGCGUGCGCCACUCCUGCCCUUUCUGGGCCGGCUUCUCGGUGCUGCUGUCUGGACUCAUUGGUGUCGUCUCCUGGAAGAGGCCUCUCUCACUUGUGAUUACCUUCUUCAUGCUGCUUUCUGCGGUGUGUGUGAUGCUCAACCUCGCUGGCUCCAUCCUCUCCUGCCAGAAUGCCCAGCUCGUCAGCUCCCUAGAAGGCUGCCAGCUGAUAAAGUUCGACAGCGUGGAGGUGUGCGUCUGCUGCGAGCUGCAGCACCACUCAUCCGGAUGCAGCAACCUCGGGGAGACACUGAAGCUGAACCCGCUGCAGGAGAACUGCAACGCUGUGCGGCUGACCUUGAAGGAUCUUCUCUUCAGCGUGUGUGCCCUCAACGUCCUCUCCACCAUCGUGUGCGCAUUGGCCACAGCCAUGUGCUGCAUGCAGAUGGUCUCUGCUGAUGUCCUACAGAUGUUCUUCCCACAGAGGUCCCACUCGGCCAGUGCUGCCUGCGUGACUCCACAUGGCACCAUUCUCCACCAGACCCUAGACUUCGAUGAGUUCAUUGCCCCCCUCCCGCCUCCACCCUACUACCCUCCAGAAUACACCUGUACGCCCACAGCGGAGGCCCACAGGGGCCUCCACCUGGACUUCGCUUCCUCCCCCUUCAGCACCAUAUACGAUGUCGCCAUUAACAGCCCUGGCAUGCUGUAUCCUGCUGAGCUGCCCCCACCAUAUGAGGCCGUGGUGGGUCAGACGCCUGCCAGCCAGGUUCCAAGUGUCGAUCACCAGGUGGCCGACUCCAGUUCCGGGGACCCCAACACAGCUGCUGGCUUCAGCACACCAGUGCCUGCUAGUAGCACGAGUCUCCCAACAUCAGAGGGUGCCACCUCACUGGGUCCAAGCCACCCCUCCCCUGAUGGCACUCUGGACACCCCACCGCCACUUCUACCUACUCCAGUCUCUCACCACAUGUCACCAGAAGCAACAACCUUGAGCACACAGGCACAGCCAAGCCCAGGGCGUGUGGCCCGCUCCGCCAGCGACCCCACCUCCCGCGCAUUCAGUGAAGCAGUCUCUGCAUCGCGCCCCGCCACGGCCGCCGGUCAGCACCAGCUCCCGUCCGCCGGCAACCAAGAUACCUGGAAAACGGACCAAGGGACCAAGCCGGAGACCUUACAGACCGUCUCCAAAGAACGGCCGCACUCCUUAGUGGAGAGCAAGGGCUACACGGACACCAGGGUCUUGGUGGCUAAGUUCUUGGAACACUCACACUGUACCCUCCCUUCAGAGGUGCGACAUGUGGUGGGCACCGUCCGCUCAACAGUCACCUCGGAGGAGCCCAGGGUGGAGGAGGCCAUCUUUGGUGCUGGCGUCCUGGACCAGCUAUGAAGCAGCUACAGACCUGGAUGUAGACACUGAUGGUCCCAGUGCCUGCAAGUCCAGUCCUGCAUGAUGCCACCGAGUUUGACAGAGAGAGGCCUUUGGCCUGCAGGGCAGAGAACAAUCAGAAUACCCAGGCGAGGCUCUCUGGUGGCCCGGGCAGGGAACUGUUACUCUUUCUCCCAUCGGUUGUCUUCCCAGGGACUGUUUGCCCCCUGUCCCACUAACUCAGCAAGCUCUGCUUGCGUCAGGGGGGAUAGCACCUUGAACUGAAGAAUGUGACCGGAAUCCCUAUCUAGGGACAGGUGACACUUAUGGAACCUAAGGACACUGUAUCUGUUCCGAAUCAAGGCCUUUGGCACAAGGUUAUCUUCUGGGCCCAGUUCAGCUCAGUGUUACCUGAGCAGAAGGUGGCAGCAGCAAUGGAGCCAUGUGACUGGUAUCACUUGGAGCGGAACCUUUAAAGAAUCCAGACCCAUCACUUCCUUUCCAAGGAAAUAGGCAACGCUAGCACAGCCUGGACCCACAUUUUUGAUCACUGGGCUAUCAUGCAAAUAAAUCUACCAUGAAAACUCUUCCUAGGCACGCUUGGACAGCGAGCAGGUGUCGUGAAGGCUUGAAAUGCCCGCCUCCUUGUGUCCUGGGCCUCCCCUCUAGGCCUCUGACUGUGAGCUGCUACCCCCACGUCCUUCCCUGGGUCCCUCCCCCAUGGCCUCCCAUUGUUUAACCACAGCAAAUAACUGUCACUUGUGUCUUAGCAAUAGGCUCCUCUCUGCAUCCCUCGGAGGGCUUCCCCUGGUAUCUGACAUCACCCAACCGAGCUGGGUAGGUCACAAUGCUGGCUAAGAUGCGUUUAUCUCUGCUAUGUGUGCACCUUUGGCCAAGGCAUGCCUUCGUGAGCCAGAGUUGCUCCUCCUCGAUUCAGGUGGCAGCAGGCACACCUGUGUUGAGGGAUGCAGAUGGUCAGUCACUUAUUUCUGGGAGAAUAUAGAAGCAGAGCAAAACCAGCUGGGGCAUAGCCAGGUGACUUUGGGGAAGAUGACCACCCCCAGACUUUCUGGCUGUUCAGACCUCAUUUUCUGGCCCGAUCAACAGUAACCAUGUCUCAGCAAUGGGUCCAGAGCAACGCUGCCUGCAAGAACUUCCUGGAAAAAUGGAAACCCCAUAUCUGAUUCAUCCAAAGCAGCAGCUCCAAGCACGUGAGAUCACUGUACCCCAAUUGGCCUGUGAGCCUUGAUAUCAGCACCGAGGCCCUAAGUCUAUGGAAAGUGCCAGGGUGCACCAGAGUGUGACCACCAUUGGUCAGUGUCCAGCUGGUAGGCUUAAGAAGCCCUUCUCUCCACUCUGCCUGGGCUGGCCUGUCCUUCAGCUUCUACUCCCAUGUCCCAGCCCCCCCAAUUCCCUGUAGCCAAUAUACUGAGGACCUUUGUGUGUUUGGAAGCUGGGGGCUGAAGGCUUGGGAGACACCCAAUGGUGGUCGGCUUUCCUUGCUCUGAUGACUUGACCAUUGCCGUAAGUUGUGGCCUUCCUAUGGUUAUGGAGCUGGAGGACAUAAAUCAGGCACAUGAUGACAACCUUGCCUUUUCCGCGGGAGACGCAAUAGAGAUGAGUUUUCAAGCACUUUAUCCAGACUCUAAAAUCCUCUCAUUUUCCUCAAGUGAGGACUUUGUCAAAACCCUUACAGGUAGAAUGGCCUCCCCUGAGCAUAUCAGCUUGAAAAAAACUUGCAUAGCCUGGCCGCAUGGCAUUUUUAUCACCUCAAAAAUGAGGUGAGGUGAGGUCAGGCAGCUGCAGGGUGUCUCGUGAUUGGAGGGUCCAUGCCACAAGGUGCUUAAACACUUGUGGCUCUCCCCGAUCAAGCUGAGAUCCAAGAGAGGCCGGGCCCCACCCCACCCAACUGACCCAAGCUCUAGGGUAUCUUCAUGAUGCAUCCAGGGUGAAGGGUUUCUGGGCACAGUGCCGGACUCUGGCCUUCACGCUGCCCGUCUGCAGCAGGCCCCUGUCUGUCCUGCAGCACUCUCGCCUCAACCUGCACCGUCCCUCGGCUGCAGGAAGCCUUGAGUCCUAGGCAGGCUCAAGAAAGGGACAUGCACAAACCAUUCAGGCGAGGUUAGAGAUGGCUCCGCUAACAGGUCUAUCUUACGGACACAGAAACCACACAACUUGAUGCUCCAGGGUGGGUGAGAACCCGUGACUCCCAGAACAAGACUGUUAGAUGACAGGUCAGUCUGCAUUCACCUUUGCAGAGCCCCACACAGUCCACAUGAGGACUAGGAAUGCUCAGCUCCAGGCUUACAGCCACUAGGUGAUGUUCUUGCGAUUUGUCUUGUCUCUUCUGGGUCCCUUAGCUCUGCCUCAGUGGUGACCUAGUAUACUAGGAACCCCAGGCAAUAUGUGGAUUCCAUAAAGCAAAAACUGUCAUUCUCCACAUUUGCACAUUUGUCUUGGAAGCUUUUUCUUUUCUUUCUUUUAUUAUUUUUUCUCUUUCUUUUCUUUUUUUCUUUUUUUCUGAUGUCUGAACUGGGUCCAACUGUGAUCAUUUGGGAGGAGAUGCUCUCACUCCAGGUUUGCCUGGUCCUGCCCCAUCACCACCACCAAAAAACAAAACAAAACAAACAAAUAAAUAAAAAAAAAAAGCCAGUACCUUCUAAGACAUCCUUCAAGUGUCUGCCUAGGGGCAGGAAGAUGCUGAUGUGAACCCACUGUGGGCAUCAACUCUACUUUGAGGAAGGCAGGGUGGGAGGCCCCAUCACGAGGACUAAAGGUCUCAAGGAGGCCAUGAUAAAAUGAAAUGCUUGCAACUAACCCUGGAACAGAAAGCUCAUGUCGGAUCUUCUGUCCCCCACUUCUGCUAGAGCAGCUGCAGCUGAUGCAGAAAUUGCUUUCAGGCCCCCAGAGACCAGUUUGUACAACUUGAAAGUUUGUAUUUAUUUAAUGUACCUCAAGGUGUUUUCAUAAUGAUCAGUGUUUUAAUAAAAAGUAUUUCUGGUCACUGAGGUCUAACUGGGACAAAGAGGGUCCUGGAGGGGCUGGAUCUGGUGGGCCACCACAACUUUCCACCCAAAACUCAGUGCCAGGGACUGAGGAGCAAAGACAGUCCCCUGUGCCUACAGGUCCAAACCACAGCUGCCCCUCUGUGGACCUGACAUUCAAAAGAACCUGGAAGUGUGGUAUAAUCUGACAUCUUCCAUUUAAGGUUCUGAACUUGUGUACCAGGGGCAAGGUGGGUAAAGAACUCAUUGGACAAUCAUGACGACCUGAUUUGGAUUCCAGGAGGAGGGGAGGUGAUCCUGUAGCCCCACUGCUGGGAUGUGCAGACCAGCAGGAUCCCAGGGGCUUGCCAGGUGGCUAGCCCAGCUGAAAGAGCAAGCCCCAGGCUCCGUAAAAGGCUCUGUCUCCAUAGACAAGAUUAGGUGUGACAGAGGAUAACAUUCCACACGUGCACAGAUGGUCACUCGUGCCUGCACACAGGUGAAAGAAAACCCAUGUACACCCCACACCCACUGUGUAACAGUUGGUGGAUGUGGUACCCUCAUCUCAUCCCAGUGCAUCUGUCCGGAGCUGGGCACAUGCUUGUCCAGGACACACAAGGGCAUUCUGCUUGGCGGGCAGCAGGUGCCAGCUCCUCUGCUCUGUAGCUUUCACCCCAGGG